CUCCUGUGAGUCGUAAUAUCUUCCUUUCCCUUUCGUUAUCGCCCCUUUUGUUUCCCCUCACACACGUUUGUGUCCCUCGGGCAUGGUGUAAACAUGCCGAAGUUGCUUCCGAAGACUCGCAGAUGCUAGGCUUUGUCUUUGGUUUCUACCUCUUUGACAUUCAGAGCUUGCGCUGACCAUGUCCCCUUCUACGCACUCGCAGAUCGAGGCAUGGGCACGCAGCAAUGCUCCCCUUGAAAGCCCUGGGCUAGGACCAGCCCAAACAAUCUCUGGACUUCGAGAGAAACAGGCUGGUCAUGAAGGUCCGCUCAGGAAGGUGCUUGUUGCCAAUCGAGGCGAAAUCGCCAUUCGAGUCUUCAGAACCGUACACGAGCUCGCCAUGUCCUCCGUCGCCAUCUACUCCUUCGAAGAUCGCAUGGGUGCUCACAGGUACAAAUCCGAUGAAUCUUACCUUGUUGGCAAGGGCAUGACCCCAGUUGCCGCCUACCUUGCCCAGGAUGACAUCGUAAGGAUUGCGCUCGAGCAUGGUGUAGACAUGAUUCACCCUGGAUACGGUUUCCUGUCUGAGAACGCGUCGUUUGCGAAGAAAGUUGAGGACGCUGGCAUCAUAUUCGUCGGACCUCAUCCAGAGACUAUCGACUCCCUCGGAGACAAGACCAAGGCCAGGACAUUGGCUAUGAAGGUCGGCGUCCCAGUCGUCCCCGGUACUCCUGGUCCUGUCGAAUCCUACGACAAGGCUGAAUCCUUCAUCAAAGAGUAUGGCUUCCCAGUCAUCAUCAAAGCAGCCAUGGGAGGUGGAGGACGAGGAAUGCGAGUUGUCAGGCACGAGAAAGACUUCAAGGAGAGCUUUGAGCGAGCUGUCAGUGAGGCAAAGAGUGCUUUUGGAGAUGGAACAGUCUUCAUUGAACGUUUCCUCGACAAACCUCGCCACAUUGAAGUCCAGCUUCUGGCCGAUCAGACCGGCAACUGUGUUCACUUGUUCGAGCGAGAUUGCUCAGUGCAGCGAAGGCACCAAAAGGUUGUUGAAGUCGCUCCUGCCCCUCACCUUGCGCAAGAGAUCCGUGAUGGCAUUCUGGCCGAUGCGCUCAAGCUCGCCAAAGAGGUCAAGUACCGAAACGCUGGAACGUGCGAGUUCUUGGUCGACCAACAAGGCCGUCACUACUUCAUCGAGAUCAACCCACGAAUCCAGGUCGAGCACACAAUCACAGAGGAAAUCACCGGAAUCGACAUUGUGGCUGCACAAAUUCAGGUCGCCGCCGGAGCUACGCUCGAGCAAUUGGGCCUGACACAGGAGAAUAUCCACCGUCGAGGAUUCGCUAUUCAGUGUCGUAUCACCACGGAAGAUGCUGCCGCUGGAUUCCAGCCUGAUACUGGAAAGAUUGAAGUUUACAGAUCUGCAGGUGGAAACGGUGUCCGAUUGGACGCCAGCUCUGGUUACGCAGGGGCUCAGAUCACGCCUCAUUACGACUCACUUCUCGUCAAAUGCUCAGUCUCCGGAGCGACGUAUGAAGUCGCACGACGAAAGAUGCUGCGUGCUCUCGUCGAGUUCCGAAUUCGUGGAGUCAAGACCAAUAUCCCCUUCCUGUUCCGAUUGCUCACUCACCCUGUCUUCGAGUCCGGCAAGACAUGGACCACCUUCAUCGAUGACACUCCCGAGCUCUUCAAAUUGGUCAAAUCGCAAAACCGAGCGCAAAAACUGCUUGCCUAUCUGGGAGACUUGGCUGUCAACGGAUCCUCUAUCAAGGGUCAGAUGGGCGAGCCGGGACUCAAGACUGAGGCCAUCAUCCCGCAAAUCAGGGAUGAUGCUGGCAACGUCGUCGACACCUCCGUCUCUUGUCAAAAGGGUUGGAGAAACAUCAUCGUGAACGAGGGACCAGAGGCGUUUGCUAAGGCUAUCAGAAGCUACAAGGGCUGUCUCAUCAUGGACACGACGUGGCGAGACGCUCAUCAGUCCCUCCUUGCCACCCGUAUGCGUACCGUCGACAUGGCCAAUAUCGCCAAGGAGACCAGUUGGGCCCUGCAGAACGCCUACUCCCUGGAAUGCUGGGGUGGAGCGACCUUUGACGUGGCCAUGCGAUUCCUGUAUGAGGACCCCUGGGACCGUCUCCGAACAUUGCGAAAGCUGGUACCUAACAUUCCCCUGCAGGCUUUGGUUCGGGGUGCCAACGCUGUCGGAUACACGUCUUACCCUGAUAACGCUAUCUACGAGUUUUCCAAAAAAGCAGUCGAGGCUGGUCUGGACAUUUUCAGAGUCUUUGAUUCGCUCAACUACUUUGAAAAUUUGAAACUCGGUAUCGACGCUGCGAAGAAGGCUGGUGGUGUGGUCGAGGGUACCGUCUGCUACUCUGGAGAUGUUGCGAACCCCAAACGUACAAAGUACACUCUGCAAUACUACCUUGAUCUCGUCGACCAGCUCGUUGGCGAAGGGAUCCAUGUGCUUGGUAUCAAGGACAUGGCAGGUCUCCUCAAGCCCGAAGCUGCGACCAUGCUCAUCGGAGCGAUCCGAAAGGCCCACCCUGAUCUCCCUAUUCACGUCCACUCGCAUGACACUGCGGGUAUUGCCGCUGCGUCCAUGCUUGCCUGUGCCAAGGCAGGAGCCGAUGUCGUAGACGUCGCUAUCGAUGACCUCUCCGGUCUGACCUCCCAGCCUGCAAUGGGAGCCGUCUGCGCAGCUCUUGAGCAGACCGACUUGGGAACUGGUAUUUCUCACGAGAACAUCACCGCCCUCAACAUGUACUGGUCUCAGAUCCGUAUGCUUUACGGUUGCUUCGAAGCCAACGUCAGGGCUUCUGAUUCGGGAGUCUUCGAUCACGAGAUGCCCGGAGGUCAAUACACCAACUUGCAAUUCCAGGCCACGCAGCUCGGCUUGGGUACUCAAUGGCUCGAGGUCAAGAAGAAGUACAUUGAAGCCAACCAGCUAUGUGGAGACAUCAUCAAGGUCACUCCUUCGUCGAAAGUCGUCGGAGACUUUGCCCAGUUUAUGGUAUCGAACAACCUCACCAAGCAGGAUGUCAUUGAUCAGGCUGCGAAACUCGAUUUCCCCAGCUCGGUCGUCGAAUUUUUCCAAGGAUACCUUGGUCAGCCGUACGGGGGCUUCCCAGAACCUCUCCGAUCCAACAUCAUCCGAGGCAAGGAGAAGAUUGAUCAACGUCCCGGUCUCGGCAUGAAGCCACUGGACUUUGCAAAGAUCAAGGCUGAGCUCAAACAAAAGUAUGGGAAUCACAUUAGCGACUACGAUGUCAACAGUUAUUGCAUGUACCCCAAGGUCUUUGAAGAGUUCCAAGGAUUUUUGGAGAAGUAUGGAGAUCUGAGUGUCGUGCCUACUCGUCACUUCCUUGGCAAGCCUCAGAUCAAUGAGGAGAUGCCCAUCUCGAUUGAGAAGGGAAAAACAUUGACCAUCAAAUUAUUGGCUGUGGGACCUCUGAACACUGAGAAGGGUACUCGGGAAUGUUUCUUUGAGCUCAACGGAGAGACUCGUGCGGUUGUCAUUGACGACAAGAACGCUGCUAUCGAGCAAGUCAGCAGAGAAAAGGCCACGAGCGAUCCAGGCAGCGUUGGAUCUCCAAUGUCUGGAGUGGUCAUUGAUGUCAGGGUCAAGGAAGGUCAAGACGUCAAGGCUGGAGAUCCUCUUUGCGUCUUGUCGGCCAUGAAGAUGGAGUCUGUUGUCUCUUCUCCUGUGUCUGGAAAAGUCAAGCGCGUCCUCGUCAAGGAGAGUGACUCGAUUGCCCAGGGUGACCUCACUGUGGAGAUCACACACUAGUAUCAUGAGCGUGUCCGAGGGUUUCAUUUCAUAGACGUUUUACAGCAACCAUAUGCAAAAUAUACGAAUUGUCA